GAGUUAAUCCGGACUGUGGCAGCGACGGGCGUUUCAUCUGUCUCACUGAGUGUGAGUGAUGAACGUCCCCGGGCGGAGGCAGCAGACACUCUGCCUCCAUCCCUAGCCGCCUCACUCCCACCCCCCCAUCAUCUCUGAACACCAGCACUCCUGGGGGGGGGGAGGGGGGUUGUGGAAGUAAAUAAACAUCACUGAACUCUGAAGCUCACUUAAAACAGUUGCAUUUUCCCGAUGACCAUUGCUAUUUUAGUUUUACGUUAUGGCCACAGCGUUGCGUUAAUUAAUAGGUAACGGAGCUCUUGGAUGGCUGUCGAUGGUUCUGGGGUUUAACUUUUGAGGAGUGUUUUUCCACUUGGGGCUCAGUGUACCUGUUUUGGCUUUGUUCUGUCCGAGUGUGAUUGAGGCCUUUUUCCUCACCUCGGCUGGAACUGAGUGAGUAGGCCAGAGGAUUUCAAGCCGCUUUAUUUAUGAUCUGUCACCUGCCGCUUUGAGAGCCGUCGGGAGAUUGGGGGGGGGGUUUGAAAGAUAUUAUACAAAACACGAAAUGCGUAGAAACUAAAUAGGCGACGGACGGGCGGAUGGCGUCAACCUAGCUUGCUAUCAGAAAAACACGGUCCAACUACAGUCUGAUUGACGUAGCGUGCAACGAAUGAUCUGUGUAGCCUGCUUGAUAGAAGUGGCAGGUGUCCAAUAGCCUCACUGCGAUAGGCGAUCGACGUGGCAGGUGGCCAAUAGUGUGCACAGGCUGGCUUCGUUGCCGACGCGACUAGUACAAGCAUAGACAGCUAUAGGUGAUUGACAGGUGUCAGGACCAGUCAACUGCUCAGAUGUAAUGAUUGACAGGAUUGCAAGACAAUGAAGACAACGCGUCUGUGUGCUUCCCUCCCUGUUGAAAAUGAUUGAUAUACCGGUGUUUGUGAUUGACGGCUGCUUGGGUCAAUCGAGGCGUGUUGAGUUACAUAAUGGAAAUUUAGAGGAUUUGAAUCCAAUCAAUCUAGUCGGCAGGACUGUUAAUAUCGAGACCGUGGGUGCAAUGUUAUACCAAUCAGUGUAGUGUUGGGGCGGGAUGUCUGGUUAUCAUGUUAGGUUGUCUUUUGUGUAUACAGAAGAUGGAUACAGUAUUCAAAGUGUCUACUUUGGAAAUGUGUUUUAUUUCGGGAAAUAUAUGUUUGUGCUUGGGCAAGUGAGAUUAUGUGAUGACAACGUUGAAUAUAAGGUGGAAUAGCAUUAAAGAGAAUAUAGCAUUGCUGGAAGAUACAUUGGAUGCACUACUGAAUAUAUUGGUUUUUACUCAAAUAAAAGGCAGCAGGAAAAUCUGAAGUUGGAGGAAGGUGCUCCAAUCAAGAUAAAAACACGUGUACACUUGGACUGACCAUCCAAGACUGUGUACAGCAAUAGAAGUGCCCAGUAUUAUUUAUGAGUUUGGACUACCAUGUGUAAAGGAUAAAGUUCAUCGCGGAUUAUUUGCUCAAAAGUGAAAAUCAACUAAGUAAUGAAGGAACUGUGGAAUAAUUGCAAUCAUUGAAGAAUGAGAGUCGUGCGAACAGACACUGUUUCAGGACUUGUCUUCCCAGACAGAAGCCUAUAGUCGUCCAGGUGAAAAUUCAGAGAAACGGAUACUUUACACCUUCUGUUCUGACUCCACACAUCUUAGCCUGAUGCAUCAUUACAGUAAUAUGUUCAGUUACAUGAGACAAGAUGGCCCAUGAAUUUCUUUCUUCACACAAGGAGAUUUUCAAGAUGGUGGCCACUUACAUCUGCAGUGGUAACAUCAAUGGGAAGGGAAUGACAGAGCGCAUCCAUAGUAUCAACCUUCACAACUUCAGCAACUCUGUGCUUGAAACACUAAAUGAGCAGCGAAACAGGGGACAUUUCUGCGAUGUGACAGUCCGCAUCCACGGAAGUAUGCUUAGAGCUCAUCGCUGUGUAUUGGCCGCUGGGAGCCCUUUCUUCCAAGACAAGCUGCUUUUGGGGUACAGUGACAUUGAAAUUCCAUCUGUAGUCUCAGUGCAGUCUGUUCAGAAGUUGAUUGAUUUCAUGUACAGCGGGGUGCUCCGCGUGUCCCAGAGUGAGGCCUUACAAAUCCUUACUGCAGCCAGCAUAUUGCAAAUCAAGACCGUCAUUGAUGAAUGCACUCGUAUUGUCUCUCAAACAGUUGCAAGCAGCGGAUACCCUACAAUAAGGGACUCAAACCAAGUAACACCACGAGGAACACCAGAAUCUGGUUCAUCAGGGCAGAGUAGUGAUACUGAAUCUGGAUAUGUACAAGCUCACUCCCAGCGUAAUGUUGAAAGAAUCUAUUCCUCCCUUUAUGCCUGCUCUGGAAUGCCGGUACAAAAUGGCACUGGCGAGAGAUCGCUUUAUGGUGCACCAGUGGUUAGCCAUCACAGCACACAACUGGUCCUGCAGAGAGAAGAGAAUGUAACUGAUCCAGCAUGGAUAACCAGAAUCCAAGAGAGGACACAGCAGAUGGAAAGAUAUCUUUCCACCCCAGAAACCACACACUGCCGCAAGCAACCACGGCCAGUUCGCAUCCAGACCAUCGUGGGCAAUGUUCAUAUCAAACAGGAGACCGAAGAUGAGUAUGAUUAUGAUUAUUAUGGAAAACAGAAAAGGAAUACUUCAGAACAAAAUGAAUCUGAGGAGUGCAAUGAAGACACUGACCAUGCUGAAGGUACUGAGAGUGAACCAAAAGGAGAAAGUUUUGACUCUGGUGUUAGCUCUUCCAAUGGGACUGAAACUGAUCCAAUAGACCAGCAGUUCAUUGCUGGCAUGAGCAGAGGAGGGCAAUCAGAUUUCAGACCAACUGAGCAGAAUGAGCUUCCUGCUGAAGACAGCCAACAGCUUGUCAAUGUGAAUCCCCCGUCUCCAGAAAGGACUUGCACUACAGAAAUGGAUACUAGAGGUCCUCAAAACAGCGAUGAAAACAUUGCAAGUGAAAAAGAAUUACAGCAAGCUCAAAUGAGCUCUUUGAUUUCAGUCUCACAGUCCCAGGCAACAACUCAGCUUUAUUUGAGGCAAUCAGAUACCCAAGCCACCAAUGUGAGAAUGCCACUGACCUUAACUAGCACUACUCCUGUCAUUGGCACUGCUGGGAGUACAUAUAUACCCACACUUUUCACCACUCAGAACACUACAAGUGGCAAGCUGUUUCAGUUCACGUUGCCACAACCACUGUCAAGCCAACAAACACAAUUUAUAACAAUUCCGCAACCUAACGUUACAACCUUUACCACACAGUUGCACCCACAACAAUCUCAGUCAACAAUGCAGAGUACAAGUGGACAGACUGAAAAAAAACCUUAUGAAUGCACUCUUUGUAAUAAAACCUUCACUGCAAAGCAGAACUAUGUGAAACAUAUGUUUGUCCAUACCGGGGAGAAGCCACAUCAGUGCAGCAUUUGUUGGCGAUCAUUUUCUCUGAAGGAUUAUCUGAUUAAACACAUGGUGACACACACUGGCGUGAGAGCCUAUCAGUGUAGUAUCUGCAACAAGCGUUUCACCCAAAAGAGCUCCCUCAACGUCCACAUGCGACUUCACCGUGGUGAGAAGUCCUACGAGUGCUACGUCUGCAAAAAGAAGUUCUCCCACAAGACCCUGCUGGAGAGGCACAUGGCACUCCAUGGCACUAGCUGCUCUGAGGUGACUACAUAUGUCUGUUCUGUUUGCCCAGCCAAGUUCGACCAAAUCGAACAAUUCAAUGAUCAUAUGAGAAUGCACGUUUCUGAUGGUUAAGAAACUUCUUUGAGAACAAAGUUGGAAUUAAUUUUAAACAAAAACACAUUUUUAAAACAAAAAGCGCUGGCAUAUUAUUAUCAGCAGCAAGAUGUUCAAGAAUUCUUCAGGAUGGUGGCCUUAAUGCCUGUUAUUGUGUGUGCUCCACUGGCUGGAUGACCACUACAGGCCUCAAGAUUUUUUUCCUCUCAUUCAGCUCUUGUUUAUUGCUAGCGUGUUGAACACUACAAAGGCCUACUAUCUCUACAGAUCUAAUCCAGUGUUGCAUUAUCUAAGGUGGAAUUUUCUUUGAGAUCAUUACACAGCAUUAAAUCCGGUAAACUGUGGUAUGCAACAUCUUUUCAAGUACAGUACUUGGUAUGUAUUGACAUUUCUGUGUUUUGAUGGUCACAAAAUUUGCCUUUUACCGAAGAUAACAUUGUAUGUAUAGUGGUUGUAAUGACACUGGCAGUUAUUUAUUAUUUACCUGCUGUGGACAGGUCAGUUACACAGAUGGGUUUCAUUUAGAAAAUUAAAAGGUUUAAUAUAUAAUGCAGCAUCCGUGCAACUGCAGUUAGGUACAAGAAUUUAUUUCACAGAUGUGCAAACAACUCAAUGUCAUUUCAAUGAGAAAAAGCGCAGUGAGUUUUUUUCUAAUUGCAGAUGGUUCCAGUAAAAAUUUACUACAUGGAUGUGCAUUUUUUACAACAGUAUUUGAGCAGAAGCAAGGCUUUUUGGAAUUUUUGAGUACACUGCCACUAAUAUUCAGAAGACUGUUAAGGUUGUAAGAUGAGCUGAAUUGAAGGAAGUUUUAUCCCCCCACAAUGUGUGGUUGAUAACAUUCAAAAUUAACAUAUAAUCAAUGUCUGUUUGACAUGCUGUCAUUUUGAUUGCUGCUCCUAUUUUGUCUCUUAUUUUAUUUUCAGACUGUCGAUGAUUAUUCCGAUCAAUUUUAAAAUAUUUUGAUUAAUUUCCUGUUGCCAUAGGCAUAAUUAGAGUUCCAUGGUGCAUGUUUUACAUUGCACCUACAUCAGUCAGUCAUUAUAAUGAAUAGGAAGUUUAGAAUGGCUUAAUUUGUGCAGUAUGAAUAAUAUUUGAGGAAGUGUGUCUUGAUCAAAUGAACUACUUUUUUCUGAUACCUUGUUUAAUUUCCUUGCCCAUAAACUUAGAAUAGAAACAUUGCAAAGAAGUAAUGCAGUUUAAAUGUUUAAUGUAUUUUUACAAAACUUAUUAAAAAAUACUUGAAACUCUUCACGUAUGCACAAUUUUAGCUAGAAAUAAACAUUAUACUGCAGAUAUUAGCUUUUAAGUCAUUCCCACAUGAAUGACAUUUUAUAGAGCCCAUUGGCCAAGAUGCACACCAUGACCCUGUUUUUAAAUCCUGCUGUUCACAAAGUGUCCCAUGAUGCAUAGGUUCUAUUCCUUUUAGAAUGUUUUGGAAUCAUAUUUGUAAACAACUCACACUUCUGUCCACUUGGUCAUAGAUUUUUCAUUUUAUACAAAAAGCCUGUAUGCGCUGUGCAUGUUCUUUGAGCCACUCUAGUAUUUGGUUCCAGCAUGCUACACUGGUAUGUACUGCGUUGAUGUUAUCUGCUAAUUCUUAUUUGUGGGUACAUAUUGGAGUACAUCAUUUGCACAGUGGAAUUGCUUAUCAUCAUACUAAUUUGUUUUCUAUCUCUAUCCUGCUCCAUAUAUACUAGAGUGUUACAGAUCUAAUUUGAGAUCUGUAGUACAGUGUGAUUAAUAUUUUGAACCACUUACCCAGUUUAUAAAUAAAUAUUCACAAUUUUAUCACAUAAAAUUGUAUUUAUUCAUUUAUUUCCCCAGAUUAGGUAAAAGUGGACACAAUCCUUAAGUGAAUCCAGUCAUUGCUUGUCUCCUAAAAUAUAUUUAAUUUUACAAUUUAGUUGCAGAUUUUUGUUUUUUGCUCUUCUUUAAUUUGACUUGCUCGUAGAAAUUACUUUCUCACAAUGAUGUUACCACUUACCACAUUUCAAAACAACUUAUGCCAAUCAAGGUAUUUUUCAAAUUUGUUCCUUAUAUUUCAACAUUAUAACACUCUCAUUAAGUAAAAUUGUUUGUGGAGGUGGAGAAUUAUUGAAUUUGCAAUUGCAUGUGAGCUGAAUUAAAUAAUUGGUGGUCCAUCCUAGGUUAAAGAUAUCCCCUACCAGUUUAGUUCCAUGUUGUUAUAAAGUUUACAAUUUUUACAGGCAGUUGCAGAGAUGAUGUUAUUUGAACUUUUCGUAAAAUAAGUCAUCAGACUGUUUUACCUAAUUCAGUAGGAAAUAAAAGUAGUACUGAUGACUGCAAAACUUAAACUUUAUGUAACAUAUCUUUCCUUCACAUACAAAAAUAAUGCACACUUUAUAGUUUUUACUCUGAUGAUCAAUGUUUAACUUCAUAAGAUUUCUCUAAAUUAUUUUAUCUAUUUAACAAUAAAUUUUUAAACGUUAUUGAUUCAUUUAAAUAUAGAUAAAAUAUGACAAUUGGUGGUUACAAUAUAACAGAAAAGUACUAUGCUUUUUCUUUUAAAUUGCGUGCUGAUGUUAAGCUUGAACAGCUAAUCAGAGACUAAUUGUAAACAACUUGGCCUUUUUUUGAUUUUUGAAAACUUUUCUCUCGGUACUUUUAAUUGACUUUUCACUAUUUUGACUGACUGACAAUUGAGCUCCAAAAAUAUGGCAACAAUAUUGUUAAUCUUUGAGAGGCAAAUGGGUCUUAGAAGUUUUGUUGGUUUAACAUUAUGGAGUACUGGUUUAGAUCUUGGGAUUUUAAGGUGCAAAUAUGAAAGUAAGGGUGGCUUUAAGCUGGGUAUUAUCUGCAACAAGUGGAAGCCUCUUGUAUGAUAUUAGCUGUUUUACUGGAAUAGUGUCCUGUGGAAGGAGUAUUUAACCAAGCUUAACUUUGCGAUGCAGUAUUUGUUUAUACAUAGUACACAUUUACGUUUUAUUACAGAAUAGAUCUGCCUUGCAAUAUUUAAUGCAAUCAUUUUGAAUCACUUGCAUAUCACCAGCCUGCUGCAUUCACAGUGACUCUUGGUUUCUUCAACUUUUGUCCUUUAUAUUCAAUGAACCUAAUGUCAGACAUAGGAAUGUGUACUAACAUGACAGUAUUAGAUUACUGAAACAACAGUUCAGAAAUUGUGAAACAUAGAAAUUAAUUUUCUGAAUGUACAACCCACUAUGCAUGUAUAGCACAGUCUAAAAUACCUUGGGUAUUUUAGUUUUCAUUUUUUGAGAUGUAACAUUCUGAAUCUUGGAGGCAAUGAAAAUAUUAAAAACUAUGCAUUUUAGUGUACAUGAUCAAUUGGUUAUCCCAUCCUUCACCUAUUUUCAUGCAUAUUUUUGGUAUUUUUUAUUCCAUUAAUGAUGCAAGAUAUACUUUUCCUCUGUAGUUCUGGGUUGUACAUAUAACUUUGCAUUGCUUACUUUAGAAGUUAACUUGACCAUGUAAGAACUUGCAGUUUAGAAUCUUACCUUUCUUUAUCAUCCUCUUUUUGUUUAAAAAAUACGUUUGUGUUACUAAUAUAGUAUGACACAUAGAUAGUGUGGAUCAGUGCCUUUAAAUAACAUAUGAAUGAUUUUUAAAAAAUAAAAUGCAAAAGUUAUUAAACCCUAUUUUCUGCAGGAGAAAUUGGGCAUAUUCUACAAUCUCACCAAUGAUGUCAGCAGAACUUAUCUCAAAUAAACAUAAAUCUUCAACCUGGGUUGUUUUUAAAGAAUGCAUAAUUGACAUGGGGACCAUUGAAGUAGAAGUUUGCCCUGCUGAGGAACAACAGUUAUUCAAAAUUGCAUUUAAAACUUCCUUGUAUCAGCUGAAAACAUCAGGAAAUAUUGAACAAGAACAGUUUUCUUUAAACAAAAGGAGAAAACAAUUAAAAAGAUACCCAAAUGCAGUUUUUAAAGAAUCACUUUUGGAUUGUUCCCUCAGUUCCAAUCAUCUCAGUUGUCCAUUGUCAGAAGUUAACUUCAAAAUGUUCCUGCAGAAGCUCGCUAUUUCAAAUAUCAUUUAUAUUGUAAGUAUUAUUAAUUAAGAUUAAAUUUCAAGAUAGCAUCUCCAUGGAUUAGCAUGGAUGGAGUUAUACCGAAUAAUUCUGCUGGAAUUUUUUUGUUUUUUAUAAAUUUAAUUAUGCACACUGAAUAUCACUAUUAAUAACCAAAGAAAAUAAUUGCAAGUUGAAUUGCAAACCUUAUUUUGAAGACAUUGGAAAUAAUAUUUUAGUCCUAGUAUCAAAGACAAAACAAAAAACUACAUACAACUUUAAGAUUUAAAGUUGUAUUUGGCUUAUGCCAUCUCUUAUUAUUCUUUCCCGUGUAAAUAAGAAUAUAGUAUUGUUGCACUGCAAUAUACAGUGUUGGAGUAAAAGGUAACAUGUAUGAUUAACAGUUAAAACCAUAGGUUUGUAGACAAAGCAUAUUUUAAUUAGUUACCUUCUGAGAGAUAAUAAAUGUAUGCUUACUCUUUUGGAGUAUCAACUGGUAUCUACUUGAUAAAAAGUUAAUUUCUCUGGUUAUUGCUCUCAGACCAGAGGAUGGAAAUGAGUGGCCUCCAGGUCAAAUUUUCUAACAAUUGAAGUUAAUGAAUAUAAUACCAGACACUGUGAGAUCAUGACUUUCUGAUUACUGUUAAAUACAAACAUGGUUUCAGCUUGAACCACCAUCAAAAAAGACUAAUGAAUAAAAUUGAUAGUCCCUUGAUGCUGGUCAAUAGCAUGAAGCACUAUCAAUUUUCUUUGAAAAGAUGUAAAUGUAAAAACAAUCCCUUCCUGGCUCACCCACCCCAUUGCAAAUUAAUGAUCUUUUUUAAUACUGGAUUGCUGCUUCAAGCCACUGAUUAGACUGACAAACUGUUGAAAAGAUGCAAUUGUAAAGAGAGCUAAUAGAUUCAUGUUUCAUGAGCUUUACACUGCUCUGUUUCUAAUUCCUUAAUAGUAAUCAGUGGUAAGUUAUGGUACAACCCAUGCCCAUGUGGUAAAUUGAACCAAUCAAAGUGCAACACGGGAUCAUGUUAUAAUUUUUCUUCUUGAAAUUAGAUGCAGUAUAUUGACAUAAAGUUGUAAGAAAGAAAUAACUGUAAAGGCCAUUAUUCCUGUAAGGAAGCUAUGUUAACAUUUUGAGUAUUUUGUGUUUUUAUAUAUUCAGGUAGAUAGAAAUGUGCGCUUGCACAAUCAGUUGAAAAUUUAGAAGCUCCAAUUCUACUUAUUUCAAAAGCGUAUGUAUAAUUAUCAAUCUGCCAACAUCUACAAAAGGCAGCAGUACAUUUAUUGAAAAGGUGAUUUGCUAAAUAGUUUGAGUUGUUGAAUUGUAGGAUCAGAACAGAGAACAGAUUAAGCAGGAUGUAUGUAAUCCAAGAGCUAAAGAAACCAUUCAUCAUUUAAGUAAAAUAGAAUGUUCAAUAAACAAGCUAUCAAAAGGCAGUACCAUUUGUGUGCUUAUAGCCCAAAGGUUUUCCAAUAACCCUUUAAGAACGAAUUUAAGGUAUUUCAUCAAAAACACAUCCAGUGUGAUGAAUAGUUACACGUCAUCCCUUUAGAAUGUGCGCUUUUUCUUGAAUUACAUACUAUAUGUGAUUGAGCAAUAAUAUUUAAAUAGCAAGAGUUCUGCUUAAAAUGCAGUUUUAAUAUAACAUUGGUGCCAUCCAUUUAAAAUUUUGUCACACUGCAGCUUUAUAACUGCUUCCAUCUGCAGCUCGCAAUUCUGAGAGGCAAGGUGAAAAUAUGGGUGGGCUGUUGUCUCCUUGGAAUAGAAAGAUGAUGUUUAAUGUGUAUUUUUGAGAUGAUUAUAGCAUACUUAAGGAAGCUUUUCAAUUAUUCUAGUAUAUAGUGAUGGCCCACAUUUAUCAAGACUGUAUGAGGCAAAAAUAGCAUUUGUCCUGAUGCAAGAACUGGAUGUCAAGAUGGAAAGAGUAACUGGUGACCACCACUGAGCUCUGUAUCCAAGGUUUAAAAAAAAUAGGUGAUAGCAUGAUCAUAGUUUAUGCCUUGUAACAAAAUUUGAGCAUUGCUACACAGUGCUCCACUUACCUGUCAGUGUGAUCACUUCCUGCUUCACAUUGCCUGCUUUAUUUAGCAUACAACAGGAUGAAAUAUUUUAAUUGCACGAUAACAGGAAUAAUUGCAGGAAUAAAAAAAGGCCUAUACAGCAUUAAAUUUGUUUAAACAUUUGGUAGAAUUGCCUCUUUCCAGUGCUCAACAGCAAGUGGGUUGCAUACAGAAGAUAAAACAGCUUAAAGUGUGCAGUUGGGCUGUACCGGUGGAGUGGUCCACUGAUGCUGGAUUUCGCCAACUAGCCACCAUUUUUUAAUAUGUAAAUAAAAGAUAUGGGUCAGUAGAAAACAACUUUGGUAAUGAUCCAGUACUUUGUAUUGUAAAAGUUUUCAUUUAAUCUGUACACCUAUGCGGUUGUGCAUUCUUUCAGCUUUUAAGUCAUGUUUCCAUUGUGAUUCUUUGCUUUCUUUUGGAAUAUUUUAGUAUGAUUUUCUAGGGUACAGUUUUUUUAGGAGGAGCAGGAAACAAAGCUUUUUCCAGCCUUUUUACUGUUAUUAAACUAACAAUUUGAGUUGAAAUUCUUAAACUAUAUUUUCCAUCAAAACUAGAGUGUAAUGAAUGAAUUUCAGAAUUGGAUUGUAAAGACUCAUACCAAGGAAAUCUAUCAGUCUCUAUUUCUCGGUUUAGCCCAGAAUAACAGUAUGUCUUUUUUUUAAAUGUAACAUCUGGAACCUUAGGUCGCUUGAAAAAAACAGAAAGAACUAACAGGUUAUCUGUAGUGUUGCAAUUUACUAGUUUUAAUGAAUUUCUUCCGGUUUUAAGAUUCAUACUGUAUAGAUAAACAAAUAUAACCCAGUCAGCAUAGGCAGUAGUACACUCCUGUUGUAUUUCACAAUUUUACUCAAGUUGCAAAAUUAAUAAUGACCCUACUCUCUGGAUGCCAAUAUGAAUUAUUUUUUAAAAAGUGUCCAAGUGAUAAGACUAUGUCUUACUACUCAAAUACACUAUAUUGUUGCUGUCUUGUAAAGUCAGCACAACCCUAGUGUGCAAGUUAAUGGUGGUGUUAUGCACUGAGAUAACUGCACUGCAUGAAUGAUUUCCACUACUGACCAGCAUUCACACUCAAAACAUUUGCACACGUAAGGGCUAAAAAUAAACCUUUUUUUGAGGUGGGAAGGGAUUUAUUGCAUGUGAAUAGAACCAAACCAGUGUUAGUGUCACAUCCAGUCAAUGUUCGAAGUAGUCACCAAAUGUAAAAUGGAACCCACUGGUGGGAACACUAGUACAGGAUACUAGCUGGUAACACAUUUGACAUGACACUAAUUCAGCACUUUUCUUUCCCUGUAAAUGAACACUAACCCAAAAAUUUGAAUCGGUUAACAUUUGUGACAAAUCUACUGAAUUUAUUAUGCCUUGACAUCUGCAUUUUUGGUUUUAUUAUUAGCUUUGUUGAUUAAUUGGAGUUAGUAAAUUAAAUAUGUUUUCCUUCUACAUAAAUACAGCUAUGUCAUUCAGACUGGUCAAAAAAAAAGUUUUUCCCCACUUAUUUUCUAAGACUUUGACAUCAUAACUUUGCACCUGGGAGAAGUGAAAUCUCCUUUGAAGAAUAGGCUGACAAAAACAUAUUCUCCAUUGUAACCAUAUACAAAACCUUCCCUUGGAUUUCAUCUUCUACUUAAAUUUUUAGUCAUUGAAUUUCCACCAUUGUAGCAACCAGUGACAUAAUUGCAUCUUUGGACCAUUAAAGGAAGUUCCUAAUGAAUGGAUCAAAGAUCUAGUUCAACUUGGAACCCUUUCCCCAGGACCAAGUAACCUUCAGAUAAUAGCAUUUGUUCUAUUUUUGGUGCAGUGUUCCUCUUCAAACUGAAAGAUAAUUAAUGGAGAGAUUUCACUUUUUGAAGUAAGUUAUCUCAUUAACUCACUCUGUGACAUAUACAAUAGAGUUCUAUAGGUUUUAAUUUACCAGUGUUUAAUAUUUUUGCAAACUCUAGCUGUAUCUUACCUGGCCCUACAUUAAAUCUUAUUCAAACUGGAGGCAUUGAUUUAUCAAACAAAUUAAUUCCAUUUUAAUCUGGCAUUUCAAUGGAUUUAUCACAAAAUCAAAAAUUCCCAAUUAUGUCAUAAUGACUGAAAAUGCAGAUGUCUUUUCCAGCCUUUGCCAAAAUCUGAUUUGUUUCAAAAGUAGAAUCUGCCUUAAGACACUUAAGCAACAGCCAACUAUUAUGUUGGAAGAACAGGCAGUUGGGCAUUUUUCCUAGGUACAAAAUAUCAGAUUCAUUCACUUUACUGUUGUGCACCUUUUCUACAUUACUAGCCCAACACUGUUGUAAUGAUAAUUAUUUUAUAUUUGUUUUAAUGUGACUACUGUAGACCAAAAAAAAAGACUUUAAUUUUACAAUAUUUACCCGAUCGUAUUCCAUUUAAUUUAUUUUAAAAUUCAUGAUGGGAAAAGCAUUUAGUAACUUUAAAAGAUGUCCUGAGACCAUAAUAAAUUUUUUAAAAAGUAAAAAAAAAAUGAGACUGCAGUUGCAAAAAUAUGAAGGAAGAUGAGGUUUGGUUGCUCACAGAGUCUUGUAGAUUAGUGGGUAAAACCAUUUCUUGACUUUUAUAUUAUAUUCUUACUCUUUUUCUUGCAGCUAAUGUUUCUUUUUUUAUAAUCUGCUAUUUUUAUUUUUGUAAGCAGUUUAUCUCCAUUUAAGAUGAAAAUUUAUCACAGAUUGUGUAUAGUUUUUGUUUUGUUUAUGGAAAGCACUGGACAAGUUUGACAUCCCCUUUAAUAGAAGGUGAUGUACAAUGAUUUUGAUUGCUUGCUGAAUGUUUUUUUUAUUCCUAAUUAUAAACACUAGGAUGGUUUUGCAUCUUCCAUAUUUUAUGCAAAAACAUGUAUGUGCCCUAUACUUAAAAAAAGAAGCUCUAGACAGCAUUUUUCUAUGUUUUGUGGAGAAUAAUCCUUUUGAAUGGUAGGAAAAUAUUUUUUGUUGUUGUACUAUUUUAUAUUUUUAAAAUGAUACAUUUAUUGGUAUAAGACUGUUUUGGUGAAGGAAUUAAAUGAAAACAAAGUCUGCCCUUAAGAAUGCUGCAGUAGCCUGUUUUGAAACUAAUUAUUGAUGUGUGUUCAAUUGGUUUUGUCUGUUUAUUGUUACAACAGUUUGUAUUUACUGCUGUUCCUCUGAUGACUAAUUAGGGGUUUUUAAGGGCGUUUUUGAUUUGUCAAACACACUGGAUUGUGAGUCUUUUGUAACAUGUGGGGCUAUUUUUUUGUGAUGCAAACAGCAGCACUGUCUCGAGCUGUCCUUUUUUCACUGCCUUUGUCCUUGAAUUUAAAAUUAUAGAUUUGAGAACUUGGCAGAGCAAUGAAAGAGACAAACUGGAGAUAUUUAAUGAACACCUGUUUAGGAAGACUAAAGCUCCUUGUUAGUGGAAAGUGUUCUAUUUCAGAUUUUUACAAGUUUCUGGUCUGAACUGUUAUAGGGAUUUUCCUUGGCUUUCCUUGUCUGAAAGAUAAACAAGCAAUGAAAGAAAUCCUUAAGAAGUGAUAUUGCUAAUCAUAAAUGCAAUUGCACACCUAAUAAAUAUUAUACCAUUUUAUAAACUAUUUAAUCUCAUAAUAAAAUGCAGAUGAUAGUGCACCAUAAUGAAUAGAAAAAUCUAUUCUAGUUGAACCUAUGUUCUUUGAGAUACAAAGCAGGUGCCUAUAUUUCUGUAGAAGUUUUGGUGCAAGCUUAUUGUUCUUCCUUGAUUAUUCAGUGUUGCACAUAUGCCUUUCCACUUCUAUAACAUUAAGUCUAUGUGCCUUCUGUUUUUGUUUCUAUUAUAUUGACAUUUGAAUGGUGAAAAUCAGAAUAGGAGCUUUUAAACCAUUCCAAAUAAGGUUUGUCUUGUUCUAGAGCCCAGCCUUCUUCCAGCAAACAACAUUCAGACUUGUGAAAAUAUCAUUAUAAGCACUGAAUUGUAGAUCUUUGUUGCAUUUGCAACUUUAUUAAAAAAAAGUCUAUAUGAAUUUAGAUUCCACUGUGAUUUCAAUGUCCAAAGUUAUAGUUUAUACUUUUUCACAUUAGUACACUUUUUAAUAAAUAUAAAUAUUGCCUUGUUUGAUAGUGUGAUAUAACAGGCUGAACCUAUUUUGUUGACAUAAUUCUAUUGAAUGAAUUAAGUGCAUUUUACUUCUGAAUUUCUAUGGUAGAACAUCCAUGUUGCCUUUGGUAUACACUUGCUGCUACUCAUUCCGAACACACAACACCAUGAAAAAGCAUGGUUGUGCAAGUGUAUUUGGGAGCUUUCUGGGCUAACAGAGUUUGAAAAUUACAUUGGCAUCAUAAAAAGUUAUAUUCUUAGGUAUUCAUUAGUGUGCCUGCUCUAUACUCAUUGUCAUAUUGCUCUUUCUAAUAAACAUAUGUCUGUAGAAAUUAAUUAGCACAAAAUUUUACAGGCAUUGCGCUUUAUGCACUAGUCAAUCUACUUACUUGGCCAAAAGUACAGUAGUACAAAAAGUUGUAAUUUUCACAUUCUUUGCACAUGUUUCUUGUUCACUGGUUGAAUAUGUACCUAAUUUAAUUGGCUAUUAUAGAUUAAUACCUGAAAUAACACAGCUUUGGUUUGAAUCUUAGCACUUUAGUAUUGAGGUUGCAUCAGAAUGUGUCCCUUUCAAGCCAUCUUCUCAUGUGUUUACGUAUGUAACUUUUAGAAACAAUGGAGAACAUAGAGAAUUUGGCUUAAAUACAUAUCCUGAUGUUGUUCAAAGGUGGAUAUAGUACUGGUAAACUAUUAAGUAAAUGUGUGAUUGCAUUUUCAUAUCUGAUUCAAUGCUUCACAAUCCUAUAACAUCUACUCCAUUGGAGCAUAAUUUUUGCACCAGUACAAUUUUGAGCUCUGACUUAAGUACAAGAUGUCCAAACUGGGAACUGUAUGCUGCAUAGGAAUGGUGUUUCUUAUUUUUAUAUGGUAAUUUUGAAAAAUUUCUUUGAGAAACAUGAACAUUCCUUGUGUAUACGGUAUCUAGCAUUUGUAUUUUGGUCUUUCAUUUCUCGGUUGUAUAAGAUGUUGAAUAAAGAAGAAUUUUAUUGCAGAUCUACAUAGCCCUUCUGAUUAGUUUAAUGCUACUUAGUGCUAAUAAUUGAUCCAAAGACGUCUAUUUUCUCCCACUGUCAGUUAUCAUCUUAAUGGACAGUGCUAAAUUUGAGACAAAAACUUGCUGGUUUAACUCGAAGCUGUGUUUCACAUGGUAGGCAAACAUUUUUCAAAGAUCUUCUGUCAAGGUGCUUAUUAAAUAUUUCCAGUAUAAGUGCUGCUACUAUGUAUUAGAAAUGAGGCUCUUUUUGUCAGUACAAAUGUGCAGUGGUCUGUGCUGAAGGAGAUUAGUUAAACUGGCAAUGUUCAUUUUAAUGUUCACUUGCCACGGUUGAGCCAUCUUGGUACAACAGGUGAAAACUAGCGUUUUGGGUUUUUCAAACAGUUGAAUAAACUUGUCUUGGUGUAAGGGAUCACUUUAGAAAUGUUGGCUUGUUAUAUUUCCAAACAGUUAGAUUGUGAAGCACCUUAUGCUUGUUGACCAGUUUUGUAGAGGUCAACAGUUUACUGUUUCUGUUCUGCACCUUACCUGUGGUACGGAACACGUACCCAUUUUUCCCAUGUCUAACGCCCGGCCUUUUUUGCCUUGUGUAUGAACCCUUUAUCUAAUAUUAAGAGAUUUGUUAAUUUGUAUUAAGGCUCAAUUGAGAAAGUUACAAAUCUACUCCAGGUUCUUCAUAAAGUUGAAUGACUUUUACUUCCCUAUGGCAAGUGUGAAUUUUAAAGCAUGAAGGGGAGUUCAUUGAAAAAAAAUCAAAAAAUUAAACUUUGGGAAGAGACCUUCACUGAAGAGAAAAUAAUUUUUUACUUCCAAUGUUUCUUUGUUUUAAUCAGGAAAUUUAAAAUUAUCCUCGACAGAGAUAUGUCUGAUCUCAAAGUUUUAAAUUAAAUUUCAGUUUAUUAAAGUACCCCAACAAAAAGGGGGUUCAAAACUAGAUGCCGUGACAUUGAGAUGUUAUACUUACGGGGUAGCUUUCUGGCCUUUUCAGUUGACUAUUGAAGAAACAGCCUAGCAUUUUUGAAGUGAUCUCCAACUUUACUCCCAUUUACUAUAGUACAGUAUGUUGGUAUAAAUUCAAGUACAAUUUUCAAGUGCUUUAAAUCCUGCCAGAUUUAUUAAAGCAACAGUAUCCUAACUUGCCAUUUAUUAGACUGUAUUUCUCAUGUAUUACCUGUGACAUGUGUAUUGUUAACUAGCUGUAUGCUUCAUUAUGUUAUUGUGACAUUUGAAUACUGUGAAGUUUUAUCUGCAUACUUACUUUAUACUGAAGUAUUAAGCCUUAAAUUUGUUCGUGUGAAAGAAUAAUUGACAUUCUGGGGAUGAAGAUUUCUUUUUUUAAUGUUACCAGCACUUUUUUGUAAGUUUCACUUUCCAAGUUAUUGUAAAGUUCACGCUGUAGUGAAGUUUGAACAUGAAGGAAUAAAAUCUCUAGUACUUU